AUGGUCACCACCACCGGCGAGCCGGCUCUUGAAGUCGCCGACCCUCACGCGACUCCAACGAUCGAAGAAACUCCUAUCGACCACUCCAAGGACAGAACUCGUAAUCCCGACCGUCAAUCUACUUUGUUGACUACUCCGUUCAAUACACCCAUCAACUCGAACCGAACCAACGACACUUUGCUUGAUGUCCGCCCGAUUCCUCCCUUACCCUCGCCUACUUCGAGGCUUCUACCCCAAUCCAUACUUCUCGUACUCCCCGCACCCAUAAUUUCUGCACCUCACGACCAUAAAGCUUCCCGUCCCGAGCCAGACCUCGCAGAGCCUUCUCUCCCCGAUCCAGUUCUCCCCAGAUAUCUCUUCUUACAUCCCAUCACUCUGGAUCCGCUGUUUCCGGAGCUCAUUCCAAGUGAUCCCCCUCUACAAGAUAUCGUUGUUCCGGAACGAGGCUAUCAAGUAACCACUGCAUUUGCUAAUCUGUUUGCAGAGGAGGAUGAACAGUUAUAUCUCCAUCCAAGAAGUUCUUGA